CUGGGACUAUAGUGUUGACAUUUAGAACUUGGGGGUCAUGCUUUGGGACCUGUUCUACGGCCGUGGUCCCUUCGACACACCACCGGACUCGUGCGGCUCAGGCUCAUCAUACGAAGCACAUUUGGGCAAGAUAAUCUCCCUCCUGGGGCCCCCUCCACCUAAUCUUCUCAGCCACGGAAAAGAAACAUCUCGUUUUUUUGACGCUCAAGGGCAAUUUAAAUUCCCCGAACUCAUUAGCAAAAAGGAUCUGAUCUCUAUGGCUACAGAAAUUGAUGAUGAUGACGGAAUGUCCCAGUUUGUAGACUUUGUUUCUAGAAUGCUACGCUGGAGGCCCGAGGACCGGACCACGGCGCAGGACCUGCUUUCGCAUCCGUGGCUUCCGCAAAGGAGACCUGCGAAUGGAUGAGAAAGGGCCUAUCUGUACAGUAUUUAUUUCAGACCACAGGAUAGUCAAACGUUGAACAAUAAAUGGUUGACUGGAUAAAAAAG